GUCGUUGGGCAUGGUAAACCUCCUCGUCGCGAUACGGACGCUGUGGGCAUCCGCGCAGAGUCGCCUGAAUUGGAAGACGUAUGCUCUUCUGUGCAUCCUUGCAUCGUCAGGCUUGUUGCGUCGUUCAGUAGCAUGGAAGCCCCAGCCGACCCUUCUCUUUAGCACGUUUCUUCGGCAUGCCGCGGAAAACAACGUGCGGCAGGUGUCGCUCGCGUCCGACUUCUUUCUGGUCUCGCUCAAGCAAGGCAUGCAGAAUGGUGUCGUCACAUACAGAAUCCUCGUACCACCCCUAACCGACCAAUCGUACAUAUUGGACAUCCUUCGAAAGCACGGAGUUGAGUUUGGCACGAUGCGACCCUCGUGGCUCAAGCGUUCGCUGCCCAUGCUUCUCACCGCCAUUCCCUUGAUAUAUUUGGCCUUGACCUAUCGCAUGCUUCAAGGAUUGGUUGGUGGUGGCGGCGGUAAGGAUGGCGUCGCGAAAGAUGGCAUCACCCGCGGCAAGCUCAAGUCGUCGUCGACGCAGCAGCGCAUCUCGUUUGCUGACAUUGCCGGCAUCGACAACGCCAAGUUGGAACUCGAGGAAAUCGUGGAUUUCCUCAAACACCCGACGCGAUACGACGCGAUUGGCGCGAAAAUGCCCAAGGGCGUCCUCUUGUGUGGCCCGUCGGGUACCGGCAAGACCCUGUUAGCCCGCGCGGUGGCGGCGGAAGCAGGCGUCGCCUUCCUCUUCUGCUCCGCGUCCGACUUUGUAGAGAUGCUGGUGGGGCGCGGGGCGUCGCGGGUCCGAGAUUUGUUCACACAGGCAUCUCAGCAUGCAAAAUGUAUCAUCUUUAUCGAUGAAAUCGAUGCCCUGGCCAAGGCCCGAGGGGGGUUGAACUCGAACGACGAGCGCGAACAAACGCUGAACCAGCUGCUUACUGAAAUGGACGGCUUUGAAGGGCACACAGAGGGCGUGCUCGUGAUUGCCGCCACAAACCGACCGCAUGUACACAAGUGUGUUUGGUGGAUUGUCAGCCAUUCAUUUCGUCUGGGGACGAUCGUAGGUGCUGGACCCGGCUUUGCUUCGACCUGGCCGCUUUGACCGCCACGUGUUCGUGGGCCUGCCAGACGCCGCCGGUCGGGAGGCUAUCUUGAGAGUGCACACCAAGCGCAUCCGACUGGACGCGUCCGUGAGCCUCGCGGCCCUCGCGCGCCAUCCGCAGCUCGAAGGCGCGUCCGGUGCCGCCCUCGCGUGUCUCGUCAAUGAAGCGGCGCUCAUGGCCGUGCGAACCAACGACACGGUGGCCAAGAUGAAGCACUUCGAAUUGGCCGUGGCCCGAGCAGCAGCCAGCGCCACGUCUGACAGACAGUACCAGUAAUAACAAGAGAUACAUAUGCACA